AUGCUGGUCAACGGUGAUGCCCAGCGCCUUAACGGCGCCUCAUCGAAUCCCCUUGUCCAUGACUAUCCCCAGCCGCUCAAGAUUGCAAUCGUUGGCGCUGGCAUCGGUGGCCUGAGUGCCGCCAUUGCACUCCGCCGGCAGGGUCAUCAAGUUGAUCUGUACGAACAAUCGAGGCUCAGUAACGAGACUGGCGCCGCCGUGCAUCUGGCUCCCAACUCCAACGGGCUUCUGAGAAGAUUCGGCAUCUAUGCAGAAACCUUUGGCGCAAACCCAGCGAAUCACUUCAAGGAGAGGAACCAGCACAACCAGGGCGGCUUCGAUGUCGACAUCACCAAAUCCCAAGGCCAAUGGCAGCACCCGUGGCAGCUGGUUCACCGCGCCUACCUCCACAACGAGAUUCGUCAUGUCGCCAUUUCGGAAGACGGCGAGGGCCCUCCGGCGAAGAUCCAUGUCGCAUCCAAAGUCGUCAGCGCAGACCCUGAGAAAGGCAGUCUGCAACUAGAAGAUGGAACGACGAUCCAGGCGGACGUCGUCAUUGGCGCCGACGGCAUCUACUCCAAGACAAGAAAGUUCAUAACAGGCACCGAACACAAGCUCUUCCGCUCUGGCAAGGCCGCCUUCCGAUUCCUCAUUCCUCGUGCCGCUGCCGAACAGGACCCCAUCACCGCCCCGCUGGUUGACAAGCACAGCCAGCUCGGCAUGUGGUUCGGUACGGACAGACGUAUUGUCAUUUACCCAUGCAACGACAACCAGAUGUUGAAUUUUGUGUGCAUCCAUCCCGACGAGGAGUCUCAUGCGACUGCAAGUGAUGAGUGGAACAAGAAGGGUUCAAUUGAGCAGCUCCUCAAGGUCUACCGCGACUUUGACCCCGCUCUACUGGAAUUGAUCAAGAAGGUUCACCCAGACGAGGUCAACGUCUGGCAGUUGCUGGAUAUGGAGCCCAUGUCCACAUGGACGAACGGAAAGCUGGCACUGCUGGGCGACGCUGCACACCCCUUUACCCCUCACCAAGGCCAGGGAGCAGGUCAGGCAAUGGAGGACGCUGUUGCUCUCGCAGUCGUCUUGCCAAAAGGCACUUCUCCCGAAGACGUGCCGGAACGGCUCAAACUCUAUGAAGAAAUCCGACUCACUCGCGCACACACCAUCCAAGAGUUCUCCCGCCAAGCCGGCAAGGACAGAAUACCAGGUGCUCCGCCAGCCAUUCAAAUGAUGAACUACACAAACUACAACUUCGGUCACGACGAGUACGACCACGCAACAAAGAUCUUCAACCGCUGGCUCUGGUCUAAGAAGAAAGACCUGUACUGGCGAAUGCCCACCGGCUUCGGCCCCUUCCCCGGCCCGCGCCAGGACGCUUUCGGCUGCCGUCAGCCCAACGAUCUCGAGCGCACCUUCACCACCAUGUCCGUCAAGUUCCUCACAUCGCGCACAUUCCUCGAGACCAUCCUACCCACGGAUUCCUUCCGCUUCAAGGAGCCGGGCACCGUCUGCACCGCCUCACUCUCCGUCACCAGACUGAACAACAUGUCCUGGCUCGGCGGCGGCGGCUACAACCACCUGGGUCUGUACAUCCACGGCAUUGAAUACGUCAAGAAGGAUGGAACAUCCAUCAACGGCACGCACCUCCCCGUGCUUUUCGAGUCCCUGGCGGACCCCAUCGUCUCUGGGCGUGAGGAACUAGGCAUGCCCAAGCUCUUCUGCGACAUCGACUUCGAAGUGCAUGCUACGGCGGCUCGCGUGAGGGCCUCCUGGAGGGGCGCCACGUUCGUCGACAUCUCACUCAAGAACCUGCGCUCAGACGACCCCAAGACGGAGCACGGUACCAUCGGCGGCGAAGCGGACUAUGGUAUUCUCACUUACAGAUACAUCCCCUCCGUCGGAGAACCGGGCAAGGCGGACGCAGAGUAUGCGUGCGUCGUCCCCCACGAGAACGAGGCACGCGAUGUGCCCGCCACCGUCCACGCCGUGUCGAGGUCGUCUGAAAUUGACGUUAAGAUGGACGGACACGACUGGGAGAAGCUGCCUACGUUGCACCACGUCACCAAGUUCCUGUCCGAAAUUCCCAUCUACGAUUACGUGAGCGCCAAGGUUGUCGAAGGGACCGGCGUGCCAAAUGUCUCGUCGUGCAGGAGGAUAGAGUAA